AUUAUGAACGUGCAAGUGACGUUGGCUUCAGUGCAUACAUUAAAUACGGACGAAUCCAAACUCAAACGGGUUUUCCUCUCGAUUAUACUCGGAGGAGGCGUAACCCUCCAGGGGACGCCAAGCUGAGCAGACGUAACGGCAAUUAAAUUUAAUUUAAUUGCAGUAUCUAAUCUAUAAACGGCGUUGAGUCGCGGGCACCAAAGAAAACAGCGAAACUGUUAUCCUCAAUAGGAGAGAAAUACGGCGAGAGAGAUUUUGGAUGCAGGGAGAAAGUGGUCGUUGGUCGGGAUUCACUCGUCCCCGGUUCAGUAAACGGUAAUAAAGCUGACCGAAGGGACGGCCAACCCCGCGACACCUGGGAGGAGGUAUGUUGUCGCCCGUAUGCAAUGACUGUGGCCUCAGCCGUAGGACCGUGGCACCGAGCCUGUCUCUACAAAAUUCUAGCAUGCAUUGUCCUGGCUCUUAUUACUCUACAGUAUCUUCUCAGCGGUACUCUGGACCGGCAUUCUAUCGAGGCCAUAUUCACCAUAAACGGCACUAGAUACGCCGGGCAUGCGUACAAAAAUCAUCCACGGGGAUUAAUCAUAUACGGUCCAGUUACUGCAGCCAGUCUUUCCGCCGGUGUUGCAAAUGCAUCCGAAGGUGCGGAAACCGCUCCGGCAAUCCUGGUGCAACGACGGUCCGAAAACUCAGCUAAGAUCGAGGAGACGACCGUCCAUGGGGACCGGAAUCAUUCCGAAACUUUGAUCGUCGGCAAUGUGAACGCCACUGAACCAGCCACAGUACCUCGCUGUCCACUCAUCCCUCCGAAUCUGGUUGGACCAGUGGCGAUAUUAAAACGGCCUCCAGAGAUUGCGCAGGUCGAGAAGAACUUCUCGGCUAGCCUUCAGCUGGGUGGCAGGGGUUUCCCAAAGGACUGCGAGGCUCGUUAUCGCGUAGCAAUCGUUGUGCCAUAUCGAGGCAGGGCUCAGCAUCUAUUAAUUCUACUCUACAACCUUCACCCGGUUCUGCUUCGCCAGCAAAUCGACUACACAAUCUUUAUAGUGGAGCAAGAGGGUACCGUGCAGUUCAACAGAGCCAUGCUGAUGAAUGUCGGAUACGUCGAAGCCCUGAAGGAGAGGUCCUUUGACUGUUUCGUAUUUCACGACGUCGAUCUCCUGCCCGAAGAUGACCGAAACCUCUACACCUGCCCAGAACAGCCGAGGCACAUGUCCGUCGCCAUCGACAAAUUCAAAUACAGACUACCGUACGCCGACAUAUUCGGCGGUGUAUCAGCGAUGUCCAGGGAACAAUUUCGCAUGGUGAACGGGUUUAGUAACGUAUAUUGGGGCUGGGGCGGCGAGGACGACGACAUGGCAAAUCGCAUCAAGGCACACGGUCUCCACAUAUCGCGUUAUCCUGCAAAUAUCGCGAGAUACCAGAUGCUCUCUCAUAAAAAGGAGAAAGCAAAUCCAAAGAGGUACGAGUUCCUGAAGAGCGGGAAGAAGAGAUUUGCAACCGAUGGUCUUACCAAUCUUCAGUACGAAUUGGUGGAUAAGAAAAAGUUACAACUUUACACAUGGCUUUUGGUGAAACUUACUCCCCCUCAGCCCAGCUGAUGGCUGCCUUGGAUUGGCUAAUCGUUAAACCCGGACUCAUCCGCUGGGAUAAGAGUUUUGCUGCAGUGCGAGUGUGUGCCUCCAUGUGUCUGUGUGUAUGUUACGUGAUUCAUCACAUAUGGUAUGGAUGCGUUAUAAAUGAGAAUAGUGAAGUGCAUUUACAUUGAAUUUUUCCCUCGUGCAACAUCAAUUGCAGAUAUGCAUAGUAAUAUAUAUAUAUAUAUAUAUGUACACAUAUAUAUGCAUGUAUAUAU